CGCUGCAGGGACACGCUGCCAAGCAAUACUUUCAUGUGGAUCUAUUGAGAAACUUUUCGGCUGCGUCUAGAGAAGGAAUUCCUGUUACAUGCCAGCAGAUAUUUAACUAAAGGGGCCAGACAAUGAAUGAGACGAACUGGAGGUCAGACACAUACUGGCCUCUCUGGGAAGCAGCCAACCCCACUGACACCCCUUCCCAGUCUGUCUGAUAACUUUACCAUUACUGCUGCUUUCCCAUGUGACACCACAGAUCCUUUGCCCUCCACGUCAAGUUCUGCUGCAUUUGUUGCCAAAACUAAUAAAGCUGCUGGGAGAUGUAGUUCCUGUCAGCUGACCUGCCACUCUCUCGGCUGGGCCAUGGGGGAUGUAAUAUCAAGUCACCUGGAUGAGAACCGGCGCAACUACAUAACAGAGCGUACGGGAAAACUUCUCACGGAGUUUGGGAAGCUGUAUGAAAAGCAGUAUGGGGUUGCACUCUUCAAUAGUGUCCGCUAUGAAAUUGAAGGCAACGGUGGACCUCAGACACAGCUACUACAUCGAAAAGCUCCUCUUAAUGACCGGGUGAUAUUUUCAGGAAACAUUUACCAGUAUUUGGAAGACACCAAGAAAUGGAGGAGCCGAUACUGUCUGGUACCUCACCACUAUGGACCAGUCCUUUAUGAGAACAAGACCUCACAUGAGCGUGGCCUUCAGCCCAGGGCUGGACUCAACUGUGCAGGCUUUAAAGUUCUCACCUCCUUGGAACAAUAUGGAGACUUGAUGAAUGCCAGUGUACCAGGUGGAAAGGUGAAGGCAGGAGGUGCACAGAUUAAAUGUGCCACACCGUUCCCAGUCAUCUUGUGGCACCCAUAUAGCCGACACCAUUUCUUCUGUGUAACGAACGAGAAGGAGCAGGAGAGGUGGAGCGCUGUCUUCCAGGACUGUGUGCGGCACUCCAACGAUGGCAUUCCUGAAGAACCACGUUUGGAAUCGGCUGCCUUCACCGAUUCAGUGCGGCUCUAUAGACAAGCUCGGGAGCAGUAUGGGACGUGGGAUAUGAUGUGUGGGAAUCAGGUGCAGGUGCUGAGUAACUUGGUGAUGGAGGAUCUGAUCCCUGAUUUGAAAAACAUCAUCUGCCCCAAACUGAGGGGGAAACCCCAGGAGAGGCAGAAGCUGUGGAUGCUGAUUUCAGACACGGUUUACCGCAUGGUGUAUGAACAGACAAGCCACUUCUACGAAGGUUUGGAGAAAGGGUGCUCAGAGAAAAGAGCCGGGAUGGAGAGUCAGAUUCGGACCGACAUGGACCAGAUCAUCUCCUGCAAGGAACACGUGUCCAACAAGAUUCGAGCGGUGGUGCUGCCCAAGGCUGAGCUGUGUGUGAGGAAUCAUGUUCAGUCUCACAUCCCGUCCAUUCUGGAUGCCCUGAUGGUUCCAACAAGUCAGGGCUUUGCCGAGGUGCGCGACCUGCUCUUCAAAGAGACCACGGAGAUGAACCUGAAUCUAGUGAACGAGGGAGGGCGAGAAAAACUGGGAGAGCAAAUGGAGAAGCUGUCGCAGCUGGCCUACCAUCCGGUGAAGAUGCAGCAGUGCUACGAAAAAAUGGAUCAGCUGAAUCUAGAAGGCCUGCAGCAGAGGUUUGAUGUGGGAAGCCCAUCCGUGUUCAAGCAGAGAGCACAGAUACUCAUGAGGGAGCAAACGGACAAUGCUGUGUACACAUUUGAGCAGCUGGUACACCAAGAGAUGAGCAAAUCGGAAAGUGGAGCAAACCUGUGCAGAGACAUCCAGCGAAUACUGGAGCGCGUUCUCAAGAAAUAUGACUAUGACAGUAGCAGUGUGAGGAAGAAGUUCUUCCAAGAGGCUUUGCUACAGAUAAUCAUCCCCUUCCUUCUGAAGAAGCUGGCACCCACCUGUAAGGCGGAGUUCCCGCGUUUUCAGGAACUUAUAUUUGAGGACCUUUCACGCUAUGUGCUGGUGGAGAACACUUACGAAGAGGUUGUGCUACAGAGCAUAAUGAGAGACAUCGUGCAAGCUGUUAAAGAUGCGGCCACUCAACGCAAACACAACUUGUACAGGGACAGCAUAGUGAUGCACAACAGUGACCCCAACCUACACCUGCUGGAAGAAGGACCACCCAUUGAUUGGAGUCAAGAGUAUGCCGACCACAGUGAACCCUCUAAUGCCAAUCGACAUGGUAGACUGCGCCAGGUGGUGUCUAUGCUCCAUGAAGAUGAAGGACCUGACAUACCAGGUUCUUGCCAGGAAGUUCCAGCUCAAGAAUGUAUUGCAGAAGUUCCAGAGGACAGUGAUGUUGCAGUUACUUGCCAUGAAAUUCCAGAGGAUGGCAGUGAUGUGGCUCAGAUUCGGGGCAUGCUAGUUAAGGAGUUUGAUGUAGAGGUUCCAGUUGCUGCUGUAUCUACAGUACCGGUAUCAGAGGUCCCCAUGAGUACUGCCGCAGAGGAAAAGGAGACAACCAGCGACAAAGCCCAACCACCAAAUGCAAGCGAGAGGAGUAAUGCAGAGGACGAGGAGGUGGAAGAGGCAAGGUUAUUACUUGCUUCUGAGCUAGCCAGACAGUUGGCUGAAGAAGAGGAACAGUAUCAUGCCGAUGCACACAUGACUAAAGAUGACGGGACUCAUGCGGAAGUACAAAUGCUUCUUAGUGAAAGGUAUGAGCUCCAUAGUUCUGACCAAAAGGAUGCACCGGAACCAGUAAAAUUGAGAAAUGGGGAAAUUGCACAUAGCGAGAGCGAGAUGGACCCAGAAUGCGAUCAAGGAGAGGCACUGGAAUAUUCAACACACAGAGUGGAUGAGCACAUGUCCCUGGAAAUACCCAGGGUAUCAGAGAUCCUGUCCUACCAGACACCAAGCGAUAGAACACCUGCCUGUGAAGAGGAGAGUCAGUCUGGACCAAUACAGCACACCCCUCCCCAUGUGAUACAUUCCACACCCGAUGAUAGCGGCUUUCAGUCUCCAAUAAGCGGGGGAGAAGAGGAGGGUGAAGGCUACAGGGAAAUCCCAGUUCCUGCUCCACGAAAAAGGGAUGAAAUUAUCACCCAAUUCUGAGCAACUUGCAUGCUGGACUGGAACAGGGGUGUUAAAACGAACUCUUAUGGAGGGUCAAAGGCCGGCUCUCCCAUAGAGAUACAAAACUGCUUAUUUAAAUGCUUUGUGGCUCUGUUACACGCUUCUCGCUGGUAUAAAGUCUCCAUUUAUUGCAUCAUGAUAGACCCUUGCCACACACACACACGUGCUGCUUUUCUACAUAGUCCUGUCCACUGAGGCGCCGUGCAGUUGCACAAUCCCAGGAGUUCUGUCUCUGCAAUGCUAGCCCUUUUUUUGCCAUUUUAUUUCCUAUUCCAUUUCAGCAGCUGCAUUAGCACGCAUUCAUUAACACUAGCGCUGUAUAUACACCCCCACGCUUUCUUAACACACUGCCACUCUACCUACCACCCUCACUGCAAUGCCAUUACUGCUAACCACUACCACAUUCUACAAGAGUACCCACUGUACAGCACAUCUCAUUGAACACUAAUACUAAGGUGCACCAGAACAUUCCUUCCUUGCAUGUCACACAAUUGUCUUAAAUAUUGUGAGUGGUGGUGCAGGUGUUGUUUGUGGUACAGGCUGUGUGUUUGUGCAUGACACAGACUGGUCGAUUCUCCUUUGUGUUUGUUUACAAAGGCCUGGGCCUGUGU